AUCAUGAUACAGUGGCGACACUGCUGGACACGUCAAAAUCAGUGAAGUUCAGUCAAAUUUGAUGUAAACAUGGAUGGUCAACCUUUGGAACCCACGUUGUACACGGUAAAAGGAAUGGCCAUUCUCGACAAUGAUGGCAACAGGAUACUGGCAAAAUAUUAUGACAAAAAUGUAUUUCCAACACCAAAAGAACAGAAAACCUUCGAGAAGAAUUUGUUCAGUAAAACACACAGAGCAAACGCCGAGAUUAUCAUGUUGGAUGGUUUAACAUGUGUUUACAGAAGUAAUGUGGAUUUGUUUUUCUACGUAAUGGGUAGUUCACACGAAAAUGAGUUAAUUUUAAUGAGUGUGCUGAACUGCUUGUAUGAUUCUGUAAGUCAAAUUCUCAGGAAGAACGUUGAGAAAAGAGCAGUAUUAGACAGCCUGGAUAUAGUGAUGCUAGCUAUGGAUGAAAUUUGUGAUGGAGGUAUAAUUCUGGACGCGGAUGCAACAAGUGUGGUACAGAGGGUAGCAUUACGAACGGAUGACAUUCCACUUGGAGAACAGACAGUAGCACAGGUACUACAAUCUGCCAAGGAACAGCUUAAAUGGUCAUUAUUAAAAUAAAUAUUUUCUCUUUGUGUAUGAUUUCCAGAAAAACAUUCACAACACAUAUAUAUCGUAAAAAAAAUAUUAUUGUAUAAAAUAAGACAAUUUAAUAAAAAUAGAAGUAGAAAUUUAAA